CCCGGAAGUUGUUGCAAGUCGUUUCCGGGGCGGUGUGAGUUAGAGGAGGACUCCGAAUGGGUCGCAGCCGCAGCCGUUCCCCACGGAGGGAGCGUAGAAGGUCCCGGUCCACAUCCCGGGAGAGAGAUCGCAGGCGCCGAGAAAGAUCUAGAUCCCGAGAGAGAGAUCGAAGGAGGAGCCGCUCUCGAUCCCCGCACAGAAGACGCUCCAGAUCCCCAAGAAGGCACAGAUCUACAUCUCCUUCCCCUUCUCGACUGAAAGAAAGAAGAGAUGAGGAAAAGAAAGAAACAAAAGAAACAAAGAACAAAGAACGUCAGAUUACGGAGGAAGAUUUAGAGGGCAAAACAGAGGAGGAAAUAGAAAUGAUGAAGUUAAUGGGAUUUGCCUCCUUCGACUCCACAAAAGGGAAAAAAGUGGAUGGCUCUGUAAAUGCCUAUGCCAUAAAUGUGUCUCAGAAGAGGAAAUACAGGCAGUACAUGAAUCGAAAAGGAGGAUUCAACAGACCUUUGGAUUUCAUUGCAUGAGAAUUGAAAUGUUGAAGAGUGAUUUUUUCCCACUUCAUUUGUUCACAAGAAUGGAUUUUCUCUUUUCUGAUGUUAGGCAACAAAAUCAGGAUCACAGUGCUUCCUCCUUGUAAAGUAAGAAAUUUUUAUUUAUGAUGUAUGCAGUUCACUUACCUUGCCCCCAAAAAAGAAAGGUUAAAUAUUACAUUUCUUUCUUUUAGGAAAUAUCAUUUGGGGCAUUGUUUUGUCUUUAUUCCUGUGGAAGCUGUAUAUGUUUUCUUCUUGGAUGCUCACUAGGACUUUUAAAAAUAAAAAUAACUUGGAUCUAAGUUUCUCAAAUAAAACAGUAUUUCUAACCUCUUGAA